AUGUUUUUCACGUUCUCAAAUGUGUUGGCGAAUGCUCAACAAAUUUUGAUCCCUUACGAUGGAAUUUGUGAAACUGCAACAUGGGCAUCCAUCGGUAAGACCGUUGCAGGUGGAAACGGUCUCGGUUCUGCACUCAAUCAAUUGAGUAAUCCCUUUGGACUUUUUGUGGAUUCCAAUGAUGGUGAUGCUCUUAUUAUUGUUGAUAAUGGUAAUGGACGCGUAGUGAAAUGGAAACAGGGCGCAUCGAGUGGUCAAAUAAUUGCUGGCGGUAAUGGAGUUGGUAAUCGAAGUGAUCAACUUGCAUUGCCUCGGUAUGUUGCAGUCGAUCAGGAAGGGACAUUGUUUAUUACUGAGUACACUAACAAACGAGUGAAUCGAUGGAAGAAAGGAGCUCGAAGUGGAGAGAUAAUCAUUUCGAAUAUUUAUGUCAACGGAAUUGCUCUCGGGCCUACACUAGGAGAAACUCAACACUUAUUUGUGGGUGAUUGGUCUGAAGCACGUAUUCUCAAGUUUAAUAAGAAUGGAACCGGUAACGGACAAGUCGUGAUUGGAGGCAAAGGUCCAGGUACUUCUUUAGAACAAAUUCUUACUCCAUAUCAGAUGCAUAUUGAUCAGCAACAAUCUAUCUUUGUACCUGAAUAUUUCAGUAAUCGAGUGACAAAAUGGAUUGCUAACAAUAGUGUUUGGGCGACGAGUGCCAUUAUCGUUGCUGGUGGAAAUGAUAACGGUAGCGCAUUGAAUCAACUAGAUGGUACUCUUGCUGUCACUGUCGAUCAGUCGGGCACAGUUUAUGUAGCUGAUUAUGGCAAUCAUCGAAUUACACGUUGGCUGAAAGAAGCUCAAAGCGGUACAGUUAUUGCUGGUGGUAAUGGCCAAGGUAAUCUCAACACACAACUCAAUCAUCCAUACGAUUUGGCUUUUGAUCGAAAUGGAAAUUUGUAUGUAAGUGAUUUCUCAAAUCAUCGAAUUCAAAAGUUUGCUGUUGACAAGAGCUCAUGCACUAGUGGUGAGUUCUGUCCAUCUUUAUACGUGUUUAAUUGAACAUUUUCUCGUUAUUCUUAAGGUACAGCUUCACAGUCCGUCAUCAUCGAUCGAUUUAUGGGAUUCGUCUUAUCUCCUUCAGUUUUGGUACUCCACUUUAUCGUCGUAACGUUGCGAGCAAAAUAAUUUCGUUUGCAUAAGAACUUUUAAAAAACGAUACGAGUCUCCUGAAAACGUGAAAUAUUCGGAAUGUGCGAGUGGUUUGAUCAUAUUUUCUGUUAAUAUUGCACCUAAUAAAAGUAUCCUGUGUAAGCAAACAGCCGUAGUAAAUAGUCGAAAAAAAUCAAUGAGAGAUCAGCACGUCUUUCUACACAUUGCACUGAUCGAAGGGUGCCGGUGUCGAUUGGUAUUUAUGUAGAUCCCGUGUGAGUGUGAGUGUGAGUGUGGGUGUGGAUGCGGGUGCAGGUGUGUGACGGUGUGGUACCGGUGUGGGUGUAGAUGGGUGGAUAUGACUCUGAUUGUGCGUAUUGCUGUAGAUAUUUAAGGCUUCUCUUCACCUACACCCACACAUCCACUAAUACCAGCCCACAUCCACACUCAAACCCACACAGACAGA